AUGGCCAUAAUUCUCAGCUCUGUCUACAACUACCACAAAUGGUCCAGUCGUACAAUCAGUAAUGGGUGCCCCCGUGUUCCACAUACACUACCAUUUUUUGGAUUGACAAAGGUAUAUCGUAAAGACUCAAAGGCAUUUUGUGAGGAAUGGCAUGCAAAGUUAGGACCUGUGUUUCGCGCCCAUUUGUUUGGAAAGGAAGUAACUGUAGUAUCAGGCCAUUAUGUUCGGGAGGUCUUUCUUAAUAAGCACUUUGACUUUAUCAAGGGUAUUGUAAAAGUUUUUGACACCAGAUUAUUGACAGACAAUGGAUCUAGAGAAGAUUUUCCCCCAGAAGACUUGCGUGAGAUUAUUACAAAAUACUUGACACCAAAACUUAACAUUUACACCAGACGACUAAUAAAGCAGCUGAAACAAGAUGUUGAGAAUAUCCUUGGUUUAAUAGAAUUUGAUAAUUUGUAUCCAUUUGUCCAACAUUUGAUUGUCAAUGCAAGCGCCUCUAUUUUUUUGGGAGAAGAAAAUAGCCAAAACAAACUUCUCAUUGACUCAAUAAAGAAUAUGGUCCGCCUUGUUGGCAGCGAAGUUAAACAAAAUCCGUGGAUUGAACCUUUCUCACCGAUAAAAAAAAUUCGGAUGUGGGUUAUAGGAAAAACCUCUCCUGUCAUAAGAAGUUACAAAGAGCAGCUAAUAAAUGCUAUAAAACCAGUAGUCGAAUAUAGACUAUCGGAAGCAAGAAGAAAUCCAGACUGGAAGAAACCAACCGAUGUGCUUCAAGAUCUUUUGGAAAAUUCAAAGCCACCUGCUCAUAUGGAUCUUAUGGAUUACCUUGUUUGCAUCAUUACUAUACUCAUAUUUGUAGCUUUACAUUCUACCAUUGAGAAUACUACAGUACUGCUUUAUCGCAUUUUAGAAAAUCCUGAAAUUAUGGACGAACUAGACUUAGAACAGCGAGAGGUUAUUGAACAAGAAGGACUAGAUACGAACUGUGGGUCAGAAUUAUUUACACGAGACAUCCUCAAGAAAUUCACCAAGCUUGACAGUGUAUGCCGUGAAACCUUCCGAAUGAAAAAUCAAUAUAUUACAUUACCACAUGAGUAUGAUGGAAAGGUACCACUUACAUUGAGUAAUGGUGCGGUUAUAAAUCCGGGUGACGAUGUAUUGAUUGAUGUGUGGACAAAUCACCGGUAUAAAAAAGAAACCACGAGUGUGAAGGAUGCUGAUGAAUUCAGACCCUUUCGCUUCGUUAACCAAAACAAGCAGUCGACCAAAGUUGGAGAAGAUUAUUUGUUCUUUGGCAUGGGAAGACAUGCUUGUCCAGGACGUUGGUUUGCUAUGCAAGAGAUACAGGCCAUUACGGCUAUACUAGUUCGUGAGUGCAAGUUUAUUCCCAAAGGCCCCAUUAUCUUUCCUACAGCGGAAAGAUCUCCUAUACCUACUGGAAGAUGUAUAAUUCAAAGAAAGUAG